GACAUUUCCUUCACAUACUCCGAAACGAACGAAAAGCGAAAAGUGGAAAAACCUACGUGUCUCGAUGAAAAAUCGGAAGAGGAUUUAUCUAUACAAUAUUGAAAAGUCGAAAAAAAAAACAUUUUUAUCUAAAUAAAUUCUAAAUUAGCAAACUGAAGUUACUGUGCAGAGAGAAUUUGGGGAAAGCCAGAUUUUUUCUAGAAAGUUUCCGCCUUCAUCUUAUUUGUCGCGGUGUUUUUAUUUGUAUUUGACGUAUCAAUACAAAAUUGGAUUGGAAUAAAUCAAAAUUAAUAUAUUUUUGGAGUCAAUCAGCCUGUUGGCUGUGCGUGCUACCAACAACAACAACAUGCAACUAUUACUUUCGUCCAUAUGUCUGGCGUUGACGAGCGUCGUCAUCGGAAACGCCUACUAUCAGAAAAAGCAGUUCUAUCCUGCGGUUGUGUACAUCACUAAAUCCAAUGCUUCAAUGGCUGUCAUCUACAUACAAUUUUUCGUGAUAGUUUUUAUGUUUGGGAAAUUGCUACGUAAGAUUUUUCUAGGCACAUUACGAGCAGCUGAAUUUGAACAUCUACUUGAGCGAUUUUGGUACGCACUUACGGAAACAUGUCUUGCUUUUACUGUAUUCCGUGAUGACUUCAAUCCGCGCUUUGUGGCCCUAUUCACAGUGUUGCUAUUCCUGAAGUCUUUCCAUUGGCUGGCGGAAGAACGGGUUGAUUUUAUGGAACGCUCUCCAGUUUUGGGUUGGCUUUUUCAUAUACGCGUCGCAAGUCUACUGUUAGUAUUGGGCACAUUGGAUUAUGUUCUGCUUAUGCAUGCUUACAACUCAACCCUUGUUCGUGGUCCAACAGUACAAUUAGUCUUCGGUUUCGAAUAUGCUAUAUUGCUAACUGUGGUCGCAAGCACUGCGAUCAAAUAUGUGCUACAUGCUGCAGAAAUGCGCACCGACAUACCAUGGGAGAAUAAGGCAGUAUUUCUCUUAUACACAGAACUAGUGAUUGGUCUAAUUAAAGUUAUUUUGUAUGUACUUUUCGUUGUAAUAAUGUCCAAGAUAUAUGCCUUGCCGAUGUUUGUAUUCCGGCCAAUGUUCUUUACGAUAAGGAACUUCAAAAAGGCACUAAGUGACGUUAUUAUGUCCCGUCGCGCUAUACGUAACAUGAAUACACUUUAUCCAGAUGCUACCCCUGAGGAACUACGACUUUCAGAUAAUAUAUGCAUCAUUUGCAGAGAAGACAUGGUUAAUCACUCAAAAAAAUUGCCCUGUGGGCAUAUUUUCCACACGACUUGUUUGCGCUCAUGGUUUCAACGUCAACAAACAUGUCCCACAUGUCGGCUAAACAUAUUACGCGCACCGAACGCUAACUCAACAGCGAUGCCAAGGCAAGAAGAUGCAGCGGGCGGCGGGGUUGCAGGACAAGCAGCUCCUGCUGCUGCGGCUGGCAGUGCUGCUGCAGCAGCGACAAAUCAAGCGCCUGGUGGUGACGGUGCUCGAAUUGACGGACUAGGAGUGCCCAACGCUACCACUCUCCCCGGCUUAUUUGAGAAUAUAGCAGCUGGUAAUACCGCCUCUAAUCAGAUACCAGGUGGUUUACCCCCGUACUCUACAACGGCACCGCCAUUGAACUUUCAAGGAGUGCCAAUGGCACCGCCAUUUGUGAUGCCUCCUCCAUUCCCAUUUAUUGCCCCAUAUGCUGUACCACCACCUCCUAUGCCACCGGAUCUAAGCACAUUGAGCGACGAAGAACUAAAAGCUUUGGAAGGAAAUGAACGUCAACAUGUUGAAGAACGUAUCAAGCUGCUACGAAAUAUUCAAUUAAUGCUAAAUGCUGCAGGGGUUCUGAUGAACAACUACCAAAUCAUUAGUGCGCGAUUGCCAUCUGUACAGCCGCCACCACCAACUGUUGCUACAUCAGCGGCUUCGAACAGCGAAAACGAUACAAGCAAUGCUCCGGGCAGCACCGCCAGCUCCAGUCUUACUAAUUUAAGCGACGGUCCUAGUACGUCCGCUGCGGCAGUUGCUGCUCUAGCUGCAACACAUUCUAAAACGGAACCGAAGAUAUCAAGCGCCAACGAUGCAUCACUCACAGCAGUCGCUCUUGAUAAAACAUCACAACCUCCGUUGCAAAAGCACAAUGAUGUAACUAUUGAGGAUAUAGGCGGUGAAGAGCAUGACUAUAGUGUCACGCAACGUACCGCCUCCACUUCUACGGCUGCGUCUUCUUCAGCGCAUACGCCAAGUGUUGACAUCAGAGCUGAUGAUAAGGGCACUGCUAUCUCAACCGAGCAACCAGAGAAUGCUGAACUUAGUGAAUUAAGAAAGCGACGUUUGAAAUUCCUUGAGGAGCUUAAGAAAUCCCCGGCGUCAACACCAGCUACUUCAACAAACGACUAGAAAAAAUGAGAUAUAUGUAUUUUUCGUUUUAUUUUUUCAUAAUUCUUGUUUUUAUUGGGAAAUCGAUGGGAGGAAAAAAAGUAAAUGUUAUAAAAAUAUAAAUCGUAUAAAAAAGACGACGCGUAAAUAUGUAGGAGUUGUGUUUAAUGAAAACGGAGGAGAAAUCAUGAACUGUACUGUAUUUAAUAACAUUAUAUAAUUAAUAAAAAUAUACAUCAACUGAAAAAUA